CUUCUAAAUUCCUUUGGCAUCUGUUCUCGAAAUGGAAAGAACUCCUUUAGAAGCUGCUUAGAUUGAUCCUAGGAUCUGAUUUAUUCUUGCAAGCAUUACAACAAACUAUUCUCUCGAAUUGUUUCUGAUCAUCGCUUAACAUAGCCGAGCUUAAGAUUCUGUAUUCUGUAUAGUCGCAAUCUGAAUUUGACAUUAAAAUGUCGUCUCUUGGCACUUCGAAAGGGGUUCUCGAGAUCGCAAAAUUUGCUAUCUAUGUGUCAGUUCCUAUUGGUCUUAUGUUCACAUUUGCCAACAACACUGAGAAUCUCAAGAAAAUAAUGGGAAAUCGCUCUUAUGUGGUGUAUCCCCCUGAAGCUCCUCGACCUCCAUCGCCAGAAGAACUCCGGGAAAUGGCUCGAGAGAUAGCUCGCAAGAACAACAUACGCUAAUGGGCUUCUAUGAUGUAAUCAAGAACUAUCCACUUCUCUUCUCUGUAACUUACCCUUGCAACCAAAACAUAUGUAGAUGAAAUAAUUUUUUUCUUUUUUUAGUUCAAAGGUUACACAAGAAAUUAAACGCGAUCCCAGAAAGGCCUGCCAGGCUGGGCUGUGAUAUUCCAGUUAAAUGCACCAAGAGGUUAGUUAUUUAAUUUUAAAUGUGGAUGAAGAAGGACCUCUUGAUCCAAGUUUCUUUGUUAAUUGAUGUUAAGAGUAGUUAUUCCAAA